UCUUCUUGACACAUGUGUUCAAUUGUGCGCAGCAGAUACGAUGGAAUGUCACAAUCAGCUGCGUUCUCUCAACAAUAAUUAACCAGUGUCGCAAAAACAUUGCGAAGUGCCGGUUGUGUCAGUUCGAUUCGAAAAAUCUCGCUGCUGAUUGACAAACGCGCGACAUGAAUCGCGUCGUGAGACAGUGGAAGAUGAUUCGUGUUUACGUAGUUUUUGUUGUGACAAUUUUGUGCGUAAACACCGGUUAUUGUUCACACGAAAACAAAGAGGAAAAAGAUGAUUCACCUCUACCGAUAGUGCUCUGGCACGGAAUGGGUGAUAGUUGUUGUUUCUCUUUUAGUCUUGGAAAAAUACAAGAGAUACUUCAGAACGAAUUGCCUGGAGUUUACGUUAAUUCCAUACGUAUUGGAAAUAACGUUAUAGAGGAUGUUGAGAACAGUUAUUUUGGGGAUAUUAAUGAGCAGAUAAAACAUGUGUGCGAACAACUGUCGCAAAAUGCAAAGCUUCAGAAAGGAUAUAAUGCCAUUGGCUUUUCUCAAGGAUCUCAAUUUCUGAGAGCCGUAGCUCAGAGAUGUCCAAAUCCGCCAAUGGUAAAUUUGAUAUCUUUAGGCGGACAGCAUCAAGGUGUCUUUGGCAUACCAAAGUGCUCGGACACAUCGCGACUGUGCAAUUACAUGCGUCGCAUGCUUCAUCACGGCGCGUAUUUAUGGUAUAUUCAGAAGUCAGUAAUUCAAGCUUCUUUUUGGCACGAUCCUUUGAAGGAAGAUGAAUACAAGAAAAAGAAUAUUUUCCUUGCCGAUAUUAAUAAUGAAAAUACUAUCAACGCGGAAUAUAAGAAGAAUCUUCAAAAUCUUCGAACCUUAGUUCUCGUUAAGUUUGAUAAUGACACAAUGGUCGAACCGGUGGAAUCAGAAUGGUUUGGGUUCUACAAGUCUGGACAGACGGAAGAGGUACAGCAGUUGCAGGAAACCGAGUUGUAUCAACAGGACUGGCUCGGAUUGCGCGCGAUGGACAUGGCCGGCAAAAUUCAUUACAUUUCAAUGCCUGGUGAUCACUUGCAGUUCACGAUUGACUGGUUUAUUGAAAAUAUAAUAAAACAAUACUUGAUGUAAUAAAAAAAUAUUUUUUUUUGUUAUGUGAGAAAGAAGAG